AUGACUCGUGAAUAUCCGCACCCAAAUAAUAUGACUCCGAAAUCGAUCUCUGCAUUAAACUUGGCUUCGAAAUGCUUUGUCCGUGCCUCUAAACCACUAUUCAGUGCCAACCGUGGCUCUGCUGCAGCUGUUAUAUCGAAGCACUUCACUUCUUACAGCAAACCCAGUCAAUCCUAUUACGAUAUGUACAAUCAACCAGCUCACUAUGAUACCACAGAGUCUUCCAAGUCUUUCUCGGAACUCAAAGUGAUUAAUAAUGGAACCGGUUCUAUCGUCCGGGAGGAGAUGACGUUUAUUGACAACACUCAAGAUGACACUUAUUCCAUUCCUGAUGUGCCAUUUGUGCCUAGCGUUUGCAGUGAUGACACGGUUAGUGGGCAAGGGCACAGAAAUCUCUAA